AUGACUCUUUACUACAGCCUUGUUUUCUGCCUGUUGGUGUUUGAAAUGGCGGUCUUCAUGGGCCUCAUCAUCCCUCUUCCAUUCACCGUGAAGAGGAAGCUCUUUGCUUUUAUUUCGGAAAGUCCGAUAGUAGCUAAAUUACAAUAUGGAUUAAAGAUCACAUUCAUCUUUAUCCUUAUCCUCUUCAUCGAUAGCGUCAACCGCGUAUACCGUGUGCAGCUGGAGCUGGCUUCUUUCGGCAAAGAGGGGGGCACCAUGGGAGCCGCCGCUCUCGGUACCGAUCGUAUGGAAGUCCAAGCCCGCAAGUUCUACUCGCAGCGCAACAUGUACCUUUGUGGAUUCACCCUCUUCCUGUCUCUUAUCCUUAACCGGACUUACACCAUGAUCCUCGAUGUCCUCCGUCUUGAGGACAGAGUCAGACUUCUCGAGGGUGACAAGAAGGCUGGCGGUAAGGACUCCGCUCGUCUUGCGCAGGCCGGUGAAAUCGGUGAAAUCGGCCGUCUCAAGGAGGAGCUCGCAGCCAAGGACCGUGACAUUGAGACCCUGAAGAAGCAGUGUGAGGGUCUGACCCGCGAGUACCACAAGCUUGGUGACGAGGUGUCUGGUGAGAAGGGUGAGGCUCCCAAGAAGGACCAGUAG